AUGCCUGUCACUCUGACCUCAGUGCUGGGGAAGGUCGUGGAGCAGGUGAUCUCGAGUGCCAUCACGCAGCACAUGCAAGAGAACCGGGUGGUCAGGCCCAGUCAACACGGCUUCAUGAAAGGCAGAGCAGCAGCCAUGGCCUCAAACGGCCUGUCCGAGCGUCUGGACUCCACCUUCCUCAAUCCCGAGUUCAACACCAUUGACUUGAAAGCACUGUACAACCUGCUGCAAGCCAUUCUCCAGCGCCUGAGAGACCAGUCCCCAGAGGCUCUCCUCGAGGAAAUCAGGGAAAUGAAGGCCACACAAGCCCGCAUGGUAGAGGAAGUACGGAAGAUCCAGGAGGAACAACACGGGUCCACUCUGCAGAUGAAGCAGGUACUGAAUGAGCUGCAAGAGCAGCAGAGGAUGGACAAUGCCACACUCGAGGAGUUGGUGGCCCAGACGGCUGACCAGGAGGCACAGCUGAACGACCUUAGGGCAGCUCUGGAGACUAUGAAGCAGGAGCAGGCCAAAGCACACACAGUGCACUCUUCCAGCCAAAGGGAUACCCAGGCGCAGCUCAAAAAGUUGCUGGAGGACUUCAGGAAGAUCCAGGAGCAGGUGGACUCCGUGGCCCACCACCCAGCGGACAAGGAGCAGGAGGAGACGCUGACACAGCUCCAGGCCGCGGUCAAGCAGCUGCGAGGGGACCACCAGAAACUCAGCUCCUUCACGGCCAACUUCCGGGACAGCUGUCAGGAGAAUCAGAACAAUAUCAACGCUCUGUUCCAGGCCCUGAAGAGCCUGGAGAAGGACAAAGAAGAGAAGGAGCAGCGCUUGAAGCAGGUCCGGGAAGAGGUGAACUCCAAGCUGGACCGCCAGGAGCUGGAGCCUCUCCUGCAGCAAUUGAAGAGCUGGAAGAAGAUCGUGGAACAACUGCAGAAGGAGUCAUCGCCGAGAGACGCUGCUGAGGCAGCUGUGACUAAGCAAUCGCUGAACCGGCGCUCCUGUCUGUCUUGUGACCGGCCCAUGGGCCCGCGGGGGCCUGGCCCGGAGCAGGCGGCCAGGGUCAGGUUCCCCACCGUGCCACGGAGCUGUGGGGGUCAGCACACCAUCACCACCCCGCUGCAGCUCUACAUGAUCCGCCAGCCCAAGCCACCCAUCACGCCGCGGCCAAGAAAGGAUGACGAGGAGACAAUUCUCUUGGGCCGGGAUGGCCGAGUUUACCGCGGCUGCCGGAAGAGGCGGCAGACUGUAGUUGACGUCAAGGAAGAUGAGAUCGCCAAGCACAUCUGCUUUGGCCGCCAGAAGGACGCACACGAGUUCCUGUGUUUUACCGUCGAUGCCAUGCAGAGGGCCUGCCUGAAUGUCUAUAGCCAAUAUGUGGGGCCCCUCGGCAGCCCGUGCUGCUCUUCUCUGCUGUCCCCUCACCGGUCCCGUGUGCCUGUGGGAGGGGACUGUGGGCUGAACAUGUCCCCCGGGUUGGCUUGGAGUGAGGUGCUGAUUCCGGGGCCCAGCUCUGCCCCACGCUGA